UUUAUCGAUCAUGCAAUCAGCUAAACAGAAAGCCGCCGACGGCGCCGCCGUCGCCAAGGAGCACGUCGAAAUCCUUAGAGCCAAAGCCCAAGAGAAGGCGGAGAUAGCGGCGGCGCCGACCAAGGAAGGGAGAGAGAUAGCUCAUGAGCGGAGGAAAGCCAAGGAAGCUGAAGCCAAGAUGAAGAUGCACGCCGCCAAAGCCGACCACGCCGCCGACAAGCUGCACGCAGCCCAGCACGGCCUCUGCGGUCUCGGCUGCACCCACCCCCACCACCACCACCACGGCGGAGGAUACCAGGAGCCGGUUGUCAGCUCCGCCUUUCCGCCGCCGGCUCCUGCGUAUCCUCACGGUGGCUAUCCACCGGGCUGGACAGCCCCAAAGUGAGCAGCCGGAUUCACCAAAUGAAGUUUAAUUUGUGUUUUUUUGGCGUGUAUUUUGAGUUGUUGUGAUCAGAUCGUUGUAAUUAUUUUCCAUUUUAUUUGAAAGGUUCGGGGACUUUUUUUUCAAUGUUUUGUGGAGUAAAAAAUAUUAGUUGAGGCUUGUAUUAUAUAAUAAUAAUCAUUUAUUUUUAUAUAA